GCUGUGGGAAAAUAGUAGGUAUGUAAGUCGGCAAAUUGAGAGGAUAGGCUCAAGCCUAUCCACCGCCCUAGUGAAUGCAGGCAUUGGAAGCUUCAGUAAAUUAAUACAGACCAACCCUAGACAGUUAGAACUGAUUGUUAAUCGUCAUCCGCCCUUUGGAAACCAGAUCCAUGAUGCUGUUGCCCAUCUACCAAAGUACAAGGUGGAAGUAUUGCAGUCUAGCAAACAUGAAAGAUUCUCAGCUGAAAUUAGGGUUACAGUCUGCCUGGAAAACAGGGAACAGUUACUGCAGAAACAAACAACAAAUGGCUUUCAUUGCUCUUUGCUUCUCAUUGGUAAUGCAGAUGAUGAAAUCAUUUUGAAGAAGAAAAUAAUGGACACAACGUUACUAAACAGUAUUGUGUGGACUAGGACACUAACACUGCAACGAGCAAAUAAUGGUGAUGAUAUCACAGUCAAUUACAUUAGUCAAGAAUAUGUUGGCUUGGACGUACACCUGAAUCUUACCAUAAAAUACACAGAUCCCCGAUAUACAACUAAUUCCAAGCAAGGCAGCCAAUCACAGUCCAAACUGCAAGCCUUCAUGAAGUCUGUAAAACCUGUCGGAGGUAUCAGUGUUAAGUCGUCAAGGCCAGAGAGCUCAGAUGACAUAGAUUGGAGCCCUUCAGCCACACAAGGAAACACCCAGGAUGCCCGGAAGGCUUGCAAUCAUAAGUGUGUGAACAAGCGUGCCUGUGGACAUCCAUGUUGCAAGAAUGGUGUCGCUGUUAAACAAUCCUCCAAAUCAAGGCCAGAGAAGAGACAGCUGAUUAUGAGUGGUACAACACCAAAGAACCAGAAGACCAUGGAUGCCUUCCUCAGUCAGCUUCAUACAAGAGCUAAUUGUAUGCCGAUGGCACCACAGAUAAAAAGAACACGAGUGGAUACUGGUAAUCAUGAAGGUGCUCAGAAGAGUUUGAAAAAAUUCACUUUCAAGAGAAAGUCACAAAUUCCUCCCUUACACUCCGCUAAACUUAGUGCCUUACAAACAGGAGAUGAUGCACCAACACCAAACAUGCCAACCAUACAAUUAGACAAGACUGUGACUGCAACUAGUUGCAUCAGUGCAAUCCCUAAGCCUAGAGGAAUCCAAAAUGCUUUGCUUACUAACACAGAUACUCUUUUCACUGCAGGACUAGGACAGAGAGAUUUAGCCUCACAUGGCACUGGGCUAACUCCGACGAGUGUAUCCUUAUAUGGCACAGGACAAACAGAUGGCAGAAAUCUAGCUCCGAGAGGUGGCAGAGGUCUAGCCCAGACGGGUGGCAGAGGUCUAGCUCAAACAGUUGGCAGAGGUCUAGCUCAGACAGACAGCAGAGAUCUAACUCAGACAGACAGCAGAGAUCUAGCUCAGACAGAUGGCUUUGGAUUAGCUCAUACAGGAUUAGCUUUGACAAGUAGCACAGGAGGUGCAGGACUAGCUCAAGCAGGUGGCAGAGAACUAGUUCAGUCAGGUGGCACAAAAGCCAGUGGACUAGCGCAGAGAGUUGGCACAGAACUAGUUCAACCAUGUGUCACACAAGACACAGGACUAGUUCAGCCAGUUGGCACAGGGCUGUCUCAGCAAUGUGGAACAAGAGACACGUCAGGACUAAUUCAGCCAGGUGGCACAGGACUUUCUGACACGAGUGGCAGAGGACUAGUUCAGACAAGUGGUAUAGGACUAGCUCAGAAAGUUGUUGCCUCACAUGGUGCAGGAUGCUAUAAUACACCUGCAAGGCGAUACGGCAGUACAUCAGGUUGUCCAGCCACACCAGCCAGAGGAUGGGAACACUUAGAUGUGUAUCAACUAAACAGAAGCAAACUUCCAUAUUCGCUGACCUGUGAAUCUGACAACGAAGACCUUUUUGAUGAUCUUCCGGAUGUUGAAGGAAUAAGUAAUCUUGUUACCUCUAAACAGACCUACAACCCACCAAAAGCACAGAGGCGUUUGAUACUAGAUGUUGAGGAAAACAAACAAAUAUUAACGCCAAGUGAAAAGGUGCUUCCAACUGGACCAACAGCUCAGGAACGGCUGCUUCAGUCUGGUAAUAUCUUCAGAAAUACAAGUUUUAAGGAUUCUUCAUGGUCUUUUAGCAGACAAACAAAUACUACUGAAGAGAUUAAGACUGCUGCACAUGAUGACAUUCAAGUGAUAGAGCAGCCUACGGAUAUCUUUAACCUUUCUUACUCUGAUGAGGAUUUUUAUGCUUCUGAAGGAUCUUGUUGUGGCAUGGCAGAUGGCCUUGUGGCAGAGAGAGAGCUUUCUGAAGUGCCUAACAUCCAGCUACCAAUUGCUGCAGUAGGUUGUGUGACCAGAACAUGUGAUAGUGUUAAUAUGCCAGAGGAACUGCCAAUCAUUUUGAGUUCAUCCUCUUCAGAUGAGGAUGUAUAUAAUUUUGAAGGAUCACCUGCAUUAGCAGGUGCUUCUGGUGUGGCAGGGAAUGAGCUUCCUUUUGAACAAAAGAUGGAAAGUACCACCUUUUGUCGACACAUAGAUGAGAAUUUUAGCCCUGAGGUUGGUGCUGGGGAUGCAACACAACUGUCACCAGAUUUUGUUUUCCAUCAUCAGCAACAAAAAAGCAAGAUUAAAAUAGGGAAUGAUGCUGAUGAUGCUAAACACUCACCUGUUCACCAAAUCUCACUGAUGUCAUUCUUUAAUAAAAGUAAUUCCUUCCCUGAGGUUGGUGCUGGGGAUGCAAAACAAUUGUCCCCAGAUUUUGUUUUCCAUCAUCAGCAACAAAAAAGCAAGAUGAAAAUAGGGAAUGAUGCUGAUGAUGCUAAACACUCACCUGUUCACCAAAUCUCACUGAUGUCAUUCUUUAAUAAAAGUAAUUCCUUGAAUUCCAGAAAAAUCAGUGAAGCUGGCAACGAAUUCAACAGUAUCUUUGAUGAUAUCUUCUAAAUUCCAGACACUUCUGGUUUCAAAGUUUUUGUUUGGUUGAUAAAAAACACCACAUGAUAAUCAGGAAAGCACUAUACAGAUGCUGCAUAGAUGUCACACAGUUUAGAUGUUUCAAAACCUGUCCAGACUUUCAAAUUUAAUUUAACAAAAACAUGCGAUAUGCCUAAAUAUUUUUAUGAUGAUAUCACAUCAUCACCAUAUAGGCACAUGGGCAUACAACUGUUUGUUUUUUUUUAAGUCAGGCUC